UCAAUUCUGCAAGUGGUUCUGAUUUACUAUCGCUCUUCUCCAGCUGAUCUAAACCCGCUUUUGACCUAAAGGGACACUUUUUGGACGCCAUGGACUUUUCUCAGUUUCCAGGCAGAAAGAACAGACAAAAUGCAGGCAGGGCGCCGGACAAAGCACUCGGGACAAAAUUAAUGUUUUGCUAUGUAAAAUGUGUUUGGAAAAAAAUUACAUUUUUUAAAAUUUUCAAAUUUCCCGCCACCGGCGGCGCCCGUACGUCCCAACGUCACAGGGACCGGAACACAGAAGCCGGAUCCCGGCAUCGGCCAGAGGAGAUGGCCGGGGAUGCUGCAGGGGACACA